GUUAUUGGUCAAGUGGUUAAUGUUAAAGACCUCGAAGGUGUGCAAUUGAAUGGAAAGGAGAGAAAAAAAAUUGAGUUUGAGCUACGAGAUACUAACAAAAACAUGCUGAAGAACUAUUUAGCAGUUGUCAAGAUGCUAAUGGUGAACCCGUUAUAUGCCUUAUACGAUUUGCUAAAAUCGGAACCUACAGAGGUA